AUGAAUGGAUCUGUUAUUGUUGGGGCCCAGGGGAUGGCAAACAAUGCCCAUAUCCCUGUUGAGGACAUCGCCCUAGUGUCACAAGGAGAGUCAUUAGCAGAUAUGUCACGUCUUGUUUUCUGUGAUCCAAAUCACUUUCGGACAGGGGAACUUCAUCGCCAUACACCACGAUGGCUUUCGUUAUUAAAUGAUCUCAACGACGAUCGCUUCUCCGAAGUCCAUGAUUGGAUUACUAAUGGUGUGGAUGUAACCAAGUUUUUUAUACCGUUUAAGGGUAGUUACAAAGGAAAGAAUUACGAGUGCAGUACUCCACUGCGUUGUGUUCUCCCCAAUCACAUUUCAUGCAAACCGUUUACCUCGUUUAUAUCUAAUACGCUUAUGGACCGAGGCUACUUCCCCGUGGGGUAAAGUCGGAGAAUGCACCCGACCUCACCUCGUUUUACCCCUCACUGUAGAGCCCAGCAAACCGCGUCUCUGUAACGAUGACAGAUUUCUUAAUCUUUGGUUUGAAGACCAUCCAUCUUCCCUGGAUAGUGUCCAACAUUUGCCUAAGUAUGUUCAUAAAGGCUUUUACCAGACAGUGUGUGACGACAAGUCAAAAUACUAUCACAUAAAACUUCACCCCAGCAGUCGAACCUACUUUGGUUUCCAAUGGGGAUGCUAGCUGGUACUUUGUGAGUGAGUGUAACCCUUUUGGCUGGAAAUCUUCCUCAUAUGUCUAUCAUACAACUGGUCUUGUCGCUUCACAUAGGCUUCGUUCGUGGAACAUUCCUUCUUUGUUGUACAUUGACGAUCACCAUAAUGGCCAACUGAUCGAGCCCUCGCGUCAACGGAUGAAGUGAAUUUUGCUCUGGCCCGCGCGGGUAUUUUCCUCACGUACUACGUCUAAACUUCCCUCUGCUACUUCAUCGGCCUGGCCAAGUCUGUACUCACCCCUCAAAAGCAGGUGCCCUACCUUGGGUUCAUUAUCGAUUCAGAACGACAGGCGUUUAUUUUGUUGCCACAUGAAAAGGAAAAGUUUAUUCGACUCGUCAAAGAAAUUUUGCCUCGCGAUUGCUCAGAUCUAUUAACUCUGCAGAGGCUCAGCGAUAAAUGCACGUCCAUAAGUCUGGCUGCUCCAGGCGCGAGGCUUUAUGUUAACGAAAUUAACCUAGCUGUCUCUGGGGCUACUCGCUCUUCGCGGCCGGUGAAAAUGUCUCCAGCUCUGAAGAAAGAAAUUGAACACUGGCUCUUUCUUGAGUCUUGGGACGGCUUUCUUCCCUGGCGGUCUGAAAAGCACACACACGUUAAGCUAUUCUGCGACUCAUCUCACGUUGCUUGGGGAGGUGCUCUUAGCCCAAAUGCUAUUGAGGUGAACGUCUAUGAUUACUGGGAUGCCUCGGCAAUACAGGCCGAUAUCGCUACAAAAGAGACCUUGGCUCUAAACAACGUCCUUGAGUCAUUCGCGGAUUCCAUUAAAAACUCAUGGGUCGACGCCUUCGUCGACAGCAUGGUUCUGGUCCUUUCAUGGACCCGGCAGGGCUCCCGUUCUCACUUGCUUUCAGACGCCUUGAAGAAACUGUUUAGCACGAUAACGAAACUAGUUAUCGAUUUGCACCUUACGUUUGUGCCUAGUUUUCAGAACCAAGCCGAUCCCCCCUCGCGACGCCUUACCCUGCAGGACACUAAAUUAUGCCCAUCCUUAUGGGUAGUCGUACAAGAAUUGUAUGGCGGCGAGGAUGGACACUCUGUCGACUUAAUGGCGCGUCCCUCAAACGCUCAAUCCGACUUGUCAGGUGCUCAGUUACCGUUUUUCUCUGAGACUCUUCUGCCUGGAUCCCUGGGAGUAAACGUAUUCGCGCAGUCACCUGAUCUUUAUGAUGUGUCCAUAUUUAAGAACUUUUACGUGUUUCCACCGAUCAGCCUUAUACCUCACGCUAUCCAGUAUCUACGAAGCUUGCAACUAUCCUACACCAUCGUGAUUCCCGACGUAUGCCCAAGGCAUUUUUGGCGGCCCUUGUUAACGUCUACAUGUUCGGCGCGACACCUUUCAGCCAUUGCCGGAACCGUUGGAGCUCUCCUCACGCCCUCCAGAAAUGGGUUUUCAAACCAUUGGCCUAUCCCUUUGGAUCUCUGGGUUUUCCGCACUGGACAGGAGUAG